UUUAAAGGGAUGAGACAAGAAUUAUAUUGUGAAUUAGGCAAGUGAGUUAAUUGUAGAUAAUGAUAAAAUAUGGAAAACUUUAAAAAUAAAUGUUUAACCCUUCCUCUGCCUAAUUAGAUUUCAUGGUCACUCCCCAAUCAAUGCCAUUUCUCUAUCAAAAAUCAUUGUAGAUUAGCAGUAUAGUUUGCUGUAUUACGCAUUAUGAUAUAUAAAACACUUACAUUGCAUAUCUUUAUGUUCUAGUGUCACUAACUUACCUGAACAAGAUACUUUAUCUCAAUUGUUUCAGUCUAUUCUGCAGCAUGAUGCAUACCAGUUGUUAACUGCAAUGGACUGACAUCCUGUGUCACUGUUCUUAAUCGCUUGUGCCAUUGAAGCAAGAGUUCAGCAUCGGAUCCUAUGUGCCAUCUUGGCAUGGAAGGGAUUUGACUUUGACAUCGUAUAUAAUAUUAAGAAGUUUAGAUUUUAAAUUAACUGCUAUGGGUGGAGAUUUUGAGAAUUGUAGAAGAUCAAGAGAGCUGGUCAAACAGAAAAUUAAAACAUCAAACAAACUAUGAAAAAAAGAUUGGCUGAAAAUGUAAAAAUUGAUAAUAAGGAUUUCUUUAAAUACAUUAAAGGUUAUCAAAAUGUUAGGAUGGGAAUAGAGCCUUUGAGGGACAAUACAGGAGGGAUCAUAUGUGAUAAUUAUGAGAUGGCUGGGUUGUCAAAUUAUACUUUUUCUUCAGUUUUGACUAAUGAAGGUAAUAUGUGAGUGACGCCAAGCAGUUUUUGCUCCUAUGUUUAAUGGUGUGGUGAAGGAAGAUCUGGACAAUUUUCUGAAGCAUUUCAGGAAUAUAACUAUUUUUAAUGUCUGGGCUCAGGAGCAGGCAGUGUAAUGCCAGAUCCUGAGCUUAAACAGUCCAUCCCUGAAUUUCUUAGAAAAUUUGGAGGAGGUCCAACAAUGAGACUGGAACACACUUGUGGCCAUGUUGCACCAUUGGUUCAAUCCAGUGGAGAACUGUGUGAUCCAUUUGGCUGAAUUUAAAGCUCAGAAGAGGAAUGCUACCAAGGGUCUGGUUGCUUACAUGAACAUUCUGUGCAUUGUGCCUAGUAAAUCUUACCCUGUGAUGGCUGCAGCAGUUUGGGAAGACAUACUCAUAGAUAGGUUCAUUGAGGGACUACCUUGCAAGAUCAUGAGUGCUACCUGGGUGUGAAGGCAUACCUUCACCUUAAUUGAAGUGGUAGCUUCUAUCUAGUUGUUAGAGAAGAAGAAGCCCAGAGUGACAACUAAGAUAGACUAUCUUAUACAGGUUCCACCACCUACUUCAGUUUGACCCAUUUCAAUGGUUAAACUAGCCAUGAACACUGUGAUGCAACCACAUUGGUUUGCAGUGAAUGGGCUGAUUAUGCCUGCUUCUGGACAUCAUCUUGGACAGGAUAAAUGGAGUUACUGGUUUGCUUAUGGUCUGUUGGGAGACUGGUGAAUAACCUCUCAAUACUCUACUGUUCAGAAAAGGUAGCAAGGCUAUUUAUUCCAACUGAUAGUUCAGCGGUUGCUGUAAAAUCAAUAGAGCCCAUACUGUGCCAAGAAGGGAAGUAGGCAAGGCUAUUGUGUAUUGUAGGUGGCUUAACAGGACCAGUAGAACCAACAACAAAUGUUAAAUGCUACCAAACAUCUCUUAAAAACUAAUGGAGUGCAAGUUGAGCCUGGCCAUUGACCUUCGAGAGCAUGAAAGAGAACUUGUAUGAAAAGGUGAUCAGCCCAGCUUAGUGUGUACAUGUGAAAGUACAAGACUGAGAGAUUAAGUUCCUGAUUGACAAGAGUGAUUGGUAGAUCUUGCAAUAUAUUAAGCUCUCCAAGUGAGACUACCACUCAGACCAUUGGAUUCUGAUUUCAUUUGUACAAAUGGUGAUAGACUAGAUAUAAAUGGAGAGGUAGAUCUCUGGGUUUGUCUGGGAAUUAUCACACACAAAAUUAAAGUGGUUAUCUCCAACCUUGGACCUGGCAUUGGCAUCCUCAUGAUGGACAUACUAUUCAUCAGUUUCACCUGUGCAGUGUUUUAACUAAUCUUCCAUUGGAAAGUGAACCCACAGAGCACUGUAUAUCAUGGCUUGGAGCAACAGAAGAGAUCCACAUGGAUCAGGGAACCAAUUUCAACAGGCAGUUCUCAAAACUGUAUAAAAUGUUACCUUCUGUUGAUAUAGUCCAUCCUCACGAGCAGAUGUAUCACAAUAGCCACAAAAAUAUGUUUAAUGGUCUGCAUUAGUUGAUGUUCUCAUGAAUUCACCCAUCCACAACUUUGAAAUACCAUUCUAUGACAGAAAAGGGGUAUGUGGAAGCAGCUUGGAUUCAGCUGGACUGAUGUAUGUCUCGUACUCCAGCGGAUUAUUCCAUUGAUUAUUCAGAGUGAAUGUGAGGCAUGUGAAAGAACAUGGAGCAUGUUGAUAAACUGCACAAGAAUAUCACAGAUGAACCUCUUGUAAACUGGCUUCAUCAAGAGUCAGAUGUUGAAACUGAUGAGUCAGUGGAGAUGAGUAUGUCUUCUCAUGUCAUGCUGACUAAUCCAAUAUGAGAGAAAGAGCUGAAAGGACUUAUCUGGCUGUCCAAGAUGAUCCAGAUGAGGAAAUGACUUUCCAAUUGAUAUUGGCAGGACUACUUGAUCAUUAAGGCUAUGAUAACUGUACAAUGUAGCUAACAGUUAUAAUACCUAGUACAUCAUCAGUUUAUAGAACUGAAGAUGAUGACUGAGAGGCUUAAAACUCAGUUGAAAGUGUUGGAAUCCUUGCUUUCUGAUCUAUCAGAUGGUAAGGUAAGGUACAAUGUAUGCACUACAUUGUGUGAUUGCCAUUUAUUUAUCCAAAGCAACAACAACUGGAGGUAGUGAUAUAUUGCCUAAUACAUCAUCAGUGUGUACAGUUGAAGAUGAUAGUUACAGAUUCUAAAACUCAGUUUAACUGCUUUAUGAGCUACCAAUGGUAUGAUAAAGUACAGUUUGUGCACUACAUGGUAUGAUUACUGCUAUAUCAUCUAAAACUAAGAUGGUUGGAAUGAGUAAAUAUAAUAUUUAGUACAUCAACAUUUUUCACAACUAGAAGUUUGAAAACUUGGCUAAAAGAGAUUUGUGAUCCUUGCUUUUUGAAACAUCAGGUAGUAUUUUACAGUAUUGUGUAAGCAUUACUGUUUGAGGAAUAGGUGCACAACUUGCAGGUGGAGCUAGAUGACACCAAGAAGAGCCUAACCAUGGGAAGGAAUGAUCUACAAACUAAUGGCCAUCUUCAAAACAAUGGUGGCACUGAAGAAUCUGCUGGUGAGGUUAAGGAUCUCAAGUGAGUUAGUUGAAAGAAAGUUACUUUGAGGAAAAGAAAUCUGUUGAUCAGUUCACAAGUCCAGUAGCAGACAACUGUGUAGUGUCAAGGAAACAAAAUGAAGAAAAUGAAAGAAUAACUAUGGUAAAAAAUAUUCACUAAUAAAGACACCAUGCAAGACUCAUUUUUUAAUAAAAAAAAUGGAAAAUGAAGCUGCUUUUCUACCUUGUAGUAUGAGGAAUUCAUCAGAAGAGAAAGAAUUCAGUUAUACUGGAGAGGAAUUUAUUUUUCAAGUACCAAGGAGUUUUAUUGAUAGAGGGGCUUCCAAAUUUGACCAAGUACUACAGAGAAAGUGGGAAGCUGCAAUGAAGAAGAAAUACUUUAGGUAUCAUCUAGAUAAACUUGAGACAAAAGUACUACCAGGAAAGUAUGGUUUUGUUGCACAGUUGAAUGUUAAACGUGCCCAAGAAAGAAGAAAACCACAAGAUGUAGUUGAUUUAGAAAUGCCAUUUAAUCCAAACCUAUUCAACUUUACAAAGGUGAAACAACAUGAGGUUCUCUUCUCAUUAAAUCCUAACCAGGAAGCCGAACUGUCUUCUCAUCAGGUCAUCAUCAAUGUGAGCCCUUUAGAAUACUGCAACUGCCUUCUGGUACCCUUUGUAAACAGCUGUUUACCUCAGGUAGUUAAUGAAAGUGGACUUCAGCUUGCUGUUGAAAUGCUUCUGCUGAGUGCAGAUCCAUCCUUUCGGGUAGGAUUUAACAGUCUUGGAGCCUAUGCAUCUGUAAACCAUUAUCAUUUUCACUUGUAUUAUCUUUCACAUCAUCUUUUCAUUGAAAUUACCCCUGUUCAACAUCUUAGUGGUCUGUGCUAUGAGGUGGUUAAUUAUCCUGGCAAGGGGUUUGUUUUUCAACUUCUACAGAACAGCCAGUUUACAGUAGUUUUGAAGUCAGUAAUGAAAGUUAUUAAGUAUCUUUUGGAUGAAUCUAUUGCACAUAACAUUUUAAUCACCAGAGGGCAGAGGCUUGAUGGAAAGCAAGAUGAAUAUGAAAUCUAUGAAGCUGUUAGAAUUUUUGUCUGGGCAAGAAAAUCUAGUUUUGGAGUAAAGAAUGAUGAAGCCUUUAAUCCAGCUCUUUGCGAAUUAGGAGGCCAUCUACCCAUAAAAAAUGAAAGAAGUUUUCAGAACAUUAGUGAGGCUGCAGUAGCAUCAAUUCUGGAUGAUGUUUGUUCUGAAGCUUUCUUCAAAGUUCGAGAACACGUUAAACAAAUCUGUGAUGUUUAAAACAACACUACAACUGAAGUAAAUGAUUAGCCUGGAAGAUCACACCACAUUCUCUUCUUGUAACCACUUUUAUGACUACAAUUGCACAAGGAUAUUUUGUAAACAUGAUUUUGGUUUGGGACCUAUGAUUGUUAAUGAGCUAAAAAGAGGUGGAUUGUAUUAUCAAAAUUUCUCACUAAUACACACUUCACUAUUCCAUAGCUGUAACUUUCACUGAAUGUGGAAGGAAAAACAAAAUAAGUAAACAUUUAGAUUUA